UCCUGGAAGUUUCCGAAAAGAGUAUUUUUAUAAAAAUAGAAUAUUCUAGAAAACGCAGAAGAAUACGAUCAUCACCAGCAUUUUCCGAAAGGUUAAAAAAAAUGCAGCGUAGUGCCGGCGUUCCCGUUCAGACACGUGGUGCCGCCGCAUUCGCCUUCGCUUUCACCUUCCUCACCGUCGUCGCCAACUGCUCUAUCAACAACUCCGAGACAACAUGCAGCAGAACCUGCGUUGCACAGAAUUGUAACAGUGUUGGGAUACGAUACGGUAAGUACUGCGGAGUAGGGUGGACCGGUUGUCCAGGAGAGAAACCGUGUGAUGAUCUCGAUGCCUGUUGCAAAAUUCACGAUGAAUGUGUUGGAAAUCACGGUGUGGCCAAUGUGAAAUGUCAUGAGAAGUUUAAGAAAUGCAUAAAGAGAGUACAGAAAUCUGGGAAAGUUGGAUUUUCUUGGGAGUGUCCUUACGAGACAGCUGUGCCUACAAUGGCACAGGGUAUGGAUUUGGCUAUCUUAAUGAGCCAGUUCGCUAACGUGAAGGAUGAACUCUGACUUGCCAAAUUUUGGUAUCACCUGGCAAAUUUAGAGACAAAUACAGAAAAGAAAAAGGAGUGAUUCUCAUUUUUCAGAAAUGGAACUUAGAAUUAUUAAUGUGUGGAUCCUAUGAUCCAACUAGGUUUGUGUUUUUUCACUAGCUCUAAUGUAUAAAUUAUUCACCUUUUUCUCAAUGAACUCUGAUUUCAAAGUGUGUCUGAUAAUUGAGAUGAAUACAACUAGUGCCCAAAGGAAACCCGUCUUUUCUUGAUGUGAGGCCUUCCUGUCAAGAUGUAUGUAUGAGAAGCUUAAUUUCAGUAUACAGGAGAUGUUUGGAUCUCUUUCUUUA